UACGUACGCGUAACCAACACAACUUCAUUCGCGCGACUAGACUAGACUACAUGCAUGACAUGCACUAGCACUUUGCACACAACAAGAAGAGCUACACCUUCGAUUUACUGCCAAAAUAAAGUGUGUUGACGGUUGCAUUUCUUCAGUGAUAUUUCUUCUUUUUCGGCAUCCGUGUUGUUUAUUCCCUGUCAUCGAAAUGAGUCAAGCAGCAGUCGGUGUGCCGUACGAUGCAUUUGAUAACCCGCUUUUGAUGAAGACAGAACUCGGGAAGCCAGCCAAACGUGGCUUCACCCUCCCCGACUACAACUUCACCUACGGGCGACCAAACCUGGCCAAGGAUGGUGGGGCUGCAGAGGCCAUGUCUGGGUGGUCCCCUACAGCUUCCCUGCCGACACUACGCAAGGAGAAGAGACCAGACAGGGACUUUGUCGCGCUGAACAAGGCGUGCAUCGGCUCUGGGUUGGUGACUGCCAAGGAGCAGUUUGAGUACCGGGCAACGCACGACGUGAGAAGACGCGUGGCGGAGGAAGAGAAAAACAAGACCAAGAUCAAGAGGAUACCGGCCUCCAUGACCUUUGGCAUAUCAACCAGGCCAUCAACACCCGUGUUUGAUCUUCUGGAGCAUAGAUAUCAGGACCGUUGGUUGAAUGAGAGAAGAAAAAAUGAACUUGCCAAGAGGGACCGUCUUGUGCAAAAACAAAACCUGAACAAGGGAAUCUACGAGACUCGUGCCUCCCUCCUGCGUAAAUACUGCCCACCGGUUGAGUCCCCGCCCCUCUGGCAGAUGCCAAAAUUUCAGAAGCAGCAGCCUCAUUUGGAGACAUUCCGCUCAACCCAGGCGCGACAGAAGGCGUUUGAGAGCCACGCUACAGACUGCACCGCCAGGACGGGAGUCUUCGGCCACGGAACGUACGAGAGUGCCAAGAGUUAAAAAAGUCCCCGAAAGCAAUCAGCAAAAGGACUGUAUUGACAAUGUUGAUUAAGGAUCUUGUUCAGAUUAGCAGUGUUCUAGCCAUGAUAUAACCAUAGAAAAUUGUUUCGUUUGUUCAACAGCCCUAGGUUUGGCUACUGUAAGCAAGGAAGUUCAUUGCAAUUAGGGGGGCCUACUAUGCUUACAGCAACAGAAAAAGAAAAGUUUUAGUCAUGCUCUCAUUUCAAAGUUGGAUAAAUAUUUCACACAACUUCACUUGACCAGGGCUCAAAUUCAUAGUGCUGCCAAUUACACUACUUGUUAAAAGACUCGUUUGGAAAUAAAAAAAAUGCACAUAAAUUACUAAUUGAUCAUUAAUUGAUAAAUGUAAGUAAAUAACUGCACGAUUUGCUUACACUUGCAGCAGCAGAAGAAAAAUUGCGUUGGCCAGAAGCUAAUUUCAAGAUUUGAUGAAUAUUUUGCACAAUUUCACUUGACCUGAUGGGCUCAGUUUCAUUGCGUUGAGAAGCACACUACAUGUACAUUGUACUUGCUGAUAGACAAACCGGAUAAAUCACUAAUUUAUCAGUAGUAGCUGUUGAACA